CAGUAUCACCACACCAAAAACUUAUACGAAAACGAGAGGAAGGAGCUCUGCUGGUUGCUGCAAAAAUGGAUAGGUAAGAGACACAUUUAUUUUUGUAAUUAUAUUAUUAAAAUGCUAUUAUAAUUUUCUUCAGUUAGUAAUUAGUGAAUUUGUUUGUUAUGUAGUGAUUUUAGGAAAUUUAAACUAAUUGUUUGGUGGAAAUCGGAGAAAGUAGAGGACAAUUUCGGCGUUCAUUUCGUUGGUGGUAGAAGGUUUCAAUUGACAGUUCCAUGUCGGGUGACAUAUCAUCAAUUUUUGAGAAUCUAAUUCCGAGAAUAUGGCGUAAAGACGAAGUAGUACAAGAUAAUGAUAUGAUCACAGGUGUCACUUACCGUCUUCCAGAAUGGCAGAAUGGUGUUCUAUUUCAUUAUGUGAUGCCUAUUGUGGAUGAUGAUGGUUUGAAUGUGCUUUUCAAUUUUAUGACACAAAAUCCUUAUUGUUUGGGUGCUGAGGUACAUGCUGAGAUUAGCCAGCCUAAUCAGGGUGAAGAUGAUACAUGGAGUGUGCCAUUUGACCAUGAUUAUGCCGACGAGGAGGAGGAGGAGGAAGAUGGGGAAGAAGAGCAACCUAACUUUCCACCAUAUUUUUACUUGCAGGCUGAAGAGGAUGAUGAAUUAUCAUAUGUUGAUUCAUAUGGGGUAAUUCCAAUGCCUAUUGUUACUAGUUUUGAAGGGGAAUUCUACAAGGGUCAGAUAUUUCACUCGAAACAAGCUGCACAGGUGGCAGUUAAACACUACGCACUAUGAAUUUAUUUAAUAUAUCAAAUAUUCCACGCAACUAUGAAUUUCAAUCAACUAAAAUUUUAUUUUGAAAUAAUAAAUAACUAACCGCUGCGUUAACUCCUGCUGCUCUCCGUGUGACUGCACGUCUAGUAACAUCUCGAUACCACUCGAGAUGCUCGAGUGGUAGGCUAGAGUCUCCUGAGUAUAUGGCAUAGUCGCUAUAUACUCCUGUCGACGACUCCACAAAUCAAUCGACUCUCUAGAGGCGUGCAUCAACCGCUGCUGUUACACCCCGAUCUUUCUAAGGGUCAAAAUGACUAUUUUACCCUUGGUUAAAUUCAUCAAGUUUCAUCGUAAUAUCGAGGAGGAUUAAAAACGUGAACUAUUGGUUCGAACGGUGUCGAGUUUCGAUAUAAAUCGAAUAAGUUACGGACGUUAGUUGAGUUACGGAUUAAACUCACCCGUAAUUUGUGAAAUUCCCCCGAGUCAGAUAAAACCCAACCCUAAUCCCAUGACCCACUCGGCAACACUCAAGCUAAUUAAAACCUAAAAUCCUAAGCAGCCUUUUUUUCCUCUCCAACAAACAGUUCUCCGGACCUGGGAUGCUAAAGCGGCACAUCUCUCCCUACUAUGAGAGGGGUGUGAUUAAGCAAGUUGGAGGGCAAUUCUCCGGGAGAAAGCAAAGCGGCGCCAUUGAGAGCUGCUCGUCCGAUGUGGCUGGUUUUGGUGAAACCAAACAGGCAGCCGGUAUUGUCCGAGUGGCACGCCACCAAUCGCCCUGUACUACGAGACUAGCUUGACCAGGCUGCUUCUCCAGCGGCAGGCAAGCGGCGUUAUCCGCCUCUACCACGAGGCUGCCUCCACUACGAGAGCAGCUAGCUUGACCAGGCUGCUUGCGAUUUAACGGAGCAGACCAGGCUGCUUGUGAGGUAAUGGACCGACCUGCUUAUCAAGAGAGCAGGAGAUUGUGGCGUAUGUGACCCGCUGGUUUCAUGCUCUCUACUGCGAGAGGUGCUACCAUAAGCAAGGCAGGCAAGCAGGACAAUGAGCAGACGAGGUUGGGGGGUGAUGGCAGGCCGUAGGAGGCCUAAGCAGUAUUUCAAGGAGCUGACGUCAGCUACCUGCUUAAGCAAGCAGGACCAGUAUGCAAGCAAGUUGGCGAUUCAGCUUGGUGAAUAAGCAGGCAGGAGAAAGUCAUUAUUAAGCAGGCAGGAGGCGGCACCUAACCAAGCAUGUGGUGUCGGCAAAUUAGGGCAAAAGCACAUAAUCAAGCUAGUUCCGACGGAAGUAAGGUGAGUGUAAAUGGGGUAAAUUCUACGCCUUACGUACUCUUUUAAGUUUGACGAGCCUUAAAUAUUUGUUGAAGUGAUUGUUAUUGCUUGAUUGUGCUUAUGGUUGAUGAUAUGUGAUUUUGUUUGAGCCAUGUUUGAUGUGACUGUGCAUGAGUUUUAUUUAAAUUUAAGCUUUGAGUUUAUAAGUUAUUGUUGAAGUUAAGAAGCAAGUCCUUUUUAAGAAGUAACUCACCUUCAAGAAGGUGAAGUCGUUUUAAGUGUUUUUAGUAACUAGCGCCAGUCCGUUGCCAUUUGAGAUUUCCAGAUAGAGCAGCAGUUAUGCUCUUGAGACUUUUAAGAUGGGCAGCAGUUAUGCCCUUGAGAAUCGUGGUGAAGAGCCACAACGAUAAGUUUAAGAUGUUAGGGGGAUGAAUCGUUACGACUUCCCUAACUAAGUUUAAGUUUAAGGAAAGCCUUGAUGGCUUCUCAUACGUAUGAGUUGGCAACCGGACUAGCUAGUGAGGGAUCCCAGUGUCAGUCAAGUAUUUAAGUCAAGCUUUGAGAUUUAAGAAUGGAGUAACAGUAACUCCCAUACAGUUUUAAGAGUUAAGCUUCUCGAUAGUGGAAGUACAAAACAACUUCCACACAGUUAAGUAAAGUGCUCAAGUUUUAAUAAGAGAUUAAACGUAAG